CAUGAAAUAAAUCACAUUGGUUGAGUUUAGAUCACAGUGAGCUUUCUCUGUGUUCGUUCAAGCAAACCAUUCAACCAUCUUUCUAAAUGGAGUUGAUUAUUGUUCUCGUUUACUUGACAGGUUUUCAAUCUUUUCCACCAGUGUUGUGUAGCUACACCAGAAUGAUCCACUUUCCUUUUUUCUGUUUUUGUUUGCCUGCUGGACUCAGAGUGUCAUCUACUCUUAGGAUUCUGGACAAGCAUCCUGACUGCAACCAACAGGGUCUUGACAACUGCAAAAUUAAUAACUGCUCAGACAAGCGCAUUGUCGUACCUACAAUUUGUGCUCCUAACCGCCCAGAAUUGGAUGAUGAGCAUGUGGGAGUCUGGAAGGACAAACACGGGCCUGUUGCUGUUGUGACUGUGACGUGGAAAAUACAGUCUGAUGCAAGUGUAGUAGCCCUUACUGGAUCAGAAAUAAAUAUUGUGGAUCAAAGUACAAAUCAAAGUAUGUGUGUGCAGUAUUCUUACAAACUCAGCCAACAGCAGAAUCCAAACUAUAAUAAGUGGACGUUUUCCUUGGACGGAGUCGUGGUAGAGCCUGGGCAUACAUAUAUGGUGUCACUUUUAAAUCUGCCAGAAACUAAUAUUGAGGACUACAGGGUUAGAAAGCAAAUCACCAUCCCAGGGUGCGGGGACAAGAAAAUCGAAAAGGCCCAAAUAUGUCUGGAAAAUGGAAGUCUAUGGGAUCCUCACAUGACCACUGCUGUGUCUCUUAAUAAGGAACGUAAAAGGUUUUCCAUUGUUGUGGGUUUUGAGGCAGCACCAUAUUCUGAGAGAUACCAAGUCUCCAUACAGAGUCAUGGUUUCUAUUACUCAACUAAUGUCUCGAAGGAAAACAGAUCAUCACUGAAUGUGACAUUUGAGUUUGGUUGGUGGCAGCUCUCACAAUGUGAAAUGUUUUUAAUGAUUCAGCCAUUCUUUAUUCGAUGCAAGAAUGACUGUAAAUUCGAAACUAAAACAAUCGAUUUAUGCCCAGAUUUAUCUUGUGACCCACUGGAAGGGGUUCUGGCGCCAGAUUAUCCACCACGGACUUUCAUUAUAAAAGCAACUGUGGGGCUGCUUUUCAUUGGUGCUUGUCUUGCUUGUUUACUGUGGCGUGCCUCUCAGAAAGAUCCUGUGAACACAGCGUCAUCUGCUCCCAAACAACAACCAGAAGGUUUUCAAGUGCAAGCGAGAAAAAGAGUCCUCGUCAUCUACUCCCUCGAUCACCCUUUAUACAAAACCAUUGUCCUGAAGCUGUGUGCCUUCCUGGUGACCAAAUGUGGUACUGAAGUGGUCCUGGAUCUGUUUGACUCAACAAGACUGGGAGUGUUGGGAAGCAUCCAGUGGUUGGACUGGCACAGAGAACAAAUAGAAAGCUCUUCAGAUAAGAUACUUAUUCUGUGCUCACGAGGAGUGCAAGCCAAAUGGAGAGCCAUGUGUGGUGACAAACAGGUUUUUCUGAGAGAGGACACCCGUUCACCUGUAGGUGACAUGCUCAGUCCAGCCCUCUUCCUCAUGAUCCCCCAUUUUAUCCGAUCUGCGUCAUUUGAAAAGUACAUAGUGGCUUACUUUGGUGAUGUUUGUUCUGAAGAAGAUGUUCCUUCACCUUUCAACAUUACAGUAAGAUACAAGCUGAUGAAACAGUUUGAGGAGCUCUUUUUCAGAAUCUUGGACACUGAGAAGCACGAGCCCGGCAAAAUAAAUCACAUUGAAGGGCUUUCAGAGGACGAGUACCAUCAUUGUCCCUUAGGCAGAGCCCUGCGGGAUGCCAUAGAGGCUUUUCAUGCACACCAGCUGGAGAAUCCACAGUGGUUUGAAGAUGAAUUACUGGAAAGCUCAAAUACCUCAGCUGAAAUCUGUUACGAUGCAGAAAUAACCACAAACCUCAUUACAUAUUCUGUCCCCGACUCGACCCAUGUCGCCAAUCAUUUAAAGACACAAAAAAGUGAUUUCAAUGCAGACAAAACAGGACCUUACGUGACUGAAGAGUUUCAAAUGUGCACCUCAGUUGAGUUCAACCCUCUUAUUGCAGAGAACAUGCAGGCAGCUUGAUAUGAUUGCAUUUUUGAGACAUCAAUGGAGAUCCUCCCAACACUUUGAUGAAACUAUCAAAAGCAAUCCAUCAGUUAUUCAAUUUGAUGUGACUCAUGUUCUACAAUCGUAGGAGCAACAGAAAUCUGCUGAGAGAAAUAACCAAUGGAUACAAACAGAUAUUAAACUCGUAUUGGAGCAAGUAAUCAGCAGAUAUGUGGACAAUGAAUGUAAAGACUUGGAUGAAUCUGUGUAACCUUUCUUCAACCACUUACCAGAUGUGAAUAAAAAAGAAAAUAUGUGGAGGUUUUGUGCAAAUUUAGCUAGGUGUUUUUUUUACUUCAUUUAUUUUACCAUGUAUCUGCUUGUCUUCAUGUCAUUUCUGCAGUAUUUUUGCAUAUUGCGUUAAUGUUAAAUAUCUCUUGCUUUCACUCAGCCAAAUGCAGAGGUAGUUUAGACAACAGGGAUCUGUGGUUGAUGCUUUUGGUCUGUGUAAACAGACUUUGGGUCAAAGUUCAGCCUUCUGGGCAAAGUUUCUAGCAUUUUGUUGCACUGGAGAAGGUAAGCAGUAAACCAUGUUUGUGGGACGCUGUUUUGUAUGAUAAUGAGCUGAUUGAAUGUAAUGUGGUUUGGACUUUAAUAUUGCAAAGCAUUGGCGUUUUUGAUUAAACAAUUGUAACACAGGUAUAUGGUCUCACUCCUACUGCAAAGAUAGAGCAUGUGAGCAGAAAUGAAUAUUUGUUCUUAACUCCUUUAGACUGAUGAAGCUUUUCAGAUAUUUUCAUUGUGAUUUGAAUUGUUUGUUGACAUGUCUCUGAUCCUCUCAGUGUCAUUGAUGAGAUAAUAGAUUAAAUACAGUGUUACAUUUCAAUAAACAAAAUCAGUUGUAAAGUA